AUGUCUGCUGAAGAUGCAAUGACUGGAUUUCUACAAGCAACCCUCCAAAAGCCAACACAUGUAGUUCUAUCAACCGGAUCCCAAUUAAUAGGCACUCUUUGCACUAUAGAUGCAUUAUUCAAUCUUGUUCUUCGCGAUGCAGUAGAAAUGUCAAAUGGUAAUGAAGUUGGGAAAUACCAAAGCAUUUUUAUUAGAGGAAAUCAGGUAGUACAUGUUGCAACUGCCGACUAA